CUAGGGCUCCUCCGCUGCUAAGGUAGCCUCUGCCCUUGCCGCCGUCAUUUCUCCCCGGUGUCCCCACGGACCCCGCUCCGCUUCCUGUAGCAUUCUUGGUUCCCGCCAACUUGUGGGCCAGCUUGUACUGAACUGGAUGGUGCGGAUGCAGAGGUAAAUCAACAUGAUUAAUGCCUUAAAAGCCGCUGUUCUGGAAUCGGUGACAGACCUAAAGUCAAAUAAAUUAGAGGUCAGUGAUACGCAGAGGGACGAGGUCACUGCUGCCGCGAAGCUAAGGGCAGGGAAGGUCAGGAAGACUUCCUAGUGGAGGCGGCAGUUGAUCUGGGUUGGAAAGGGAACAAGAAUUCAUCAGGCUGAAAGAGGAAUUUCAGUCCGUGGAAACAGCAUGUGCAAGAGCCCGGAGAAAUUAUUGGCUUAUCAGUGGUGUGAAAAUCAGAGGCGUGGAUGCAGUGUUCGUGGAAGUGUGCGUAAGUGUCAGCACGAUGUCUUCCUCCAACCCUGAGGAUACCCCCCGAGAGCCUGAGUCUGAGCCUGAACCCUCAACCUCCAAGCAGAAACAGAGGGGAAAGCGGCCACAGCAAGAGGCCAGCGUCCACGCCCUCACCAGGGCUGGCCACGGGGCGCUCCUGGCUGGCCGGAACCACGAAGCCCUGGCCAGCUUCCAGAGGGCCUUCGUCCUGGCCUCGGAGGCCCCGCAAACUCGCGACACCCCUGUUCUCCGGGCCUGUGCCUUCAACCUGGGGGCUGCCUACGUGGAGACCGGGGACCCAGCCCGGGGCCUCGAGCUGCUCCUGAGAGCCCGACCUGAGGAGAAGGCGCAGGGCAGGCGUCAUGGCGACCAGUGUUUCAAUGUGGCUUUGGCCUACCACGCCCUGGGCGACCUGCCUCAAGCUUUGGCCUGGUACCACAGGGCCCUGGGUCACUACCAGCCACUAGGCGACCAUGGGCAAGUCCAGGCAAAAAUGGGAGCCUGCUACCAGGCUCUGGGACAGCCUGAGCUGGCAGCCCACUGUCUGCAGGAGGCAAGCCGGGCCUACGCCCAAGCAGGGCAGCCCCAGGCUGCGGCCUUGGCCUUGGGGGCUGCGGCGGGGUGUAUGCUGAAGAGCGGGCGGCAUGGGGUGGGCGCGGUGACGCGGGUGCUGGAGGAGAGCCGGAGGCUUGCUGAGAGGAGCCCUGAGCACAGACUGCUGGGGCAUCUCUACAACGACCUAGGCCUGAGCUACUGCCAGCUCCAGCUGUUCCCGCUUGCAGCGGAGGCCUUCCUGCGGGCCCUGCCCCUGUGUCGCGGGCCGGGAGAGGAGGCCACGGUGCUGAGAAACCUCGGGACGGCCCACAGUGCCCUCGGCAACUACCGGCAAGCCCGGGAGUGUCACCAGAAGGCUGCUGACCUGCAUGGCUCUGGGGGGCAGCGACGGGAGCAGGGCCGGAGCUUUGGCAGCCUGGCAUUUGUACUGAGCCAGCUGGGGGAGCACAGGGCAGCCAGAGACAACUACCUACACGCCCUGCAGGCGGCCCGGGACACCGGGGACACGAAGGGCCAAUGGCAGGCCUGCGAGGGGCUGGGGGCUGCCGCAGCCAGACUGGGGCAGCACGACCAGGCCUUGACGUAUUAUAAGGAGGCGCUGGCUCGGAGUCAGAAGGAGCCAGACUCUGUGCGGGACCGGCUGGUGGCCAAGCUGGCGGACGCCAUGAGGACCCACCUGGCCCGGGCCGGGCUCGUCCCCACGCACGCCCUGACUUCGGCUCCAGGGAGGCCCCAGGCUCCAGGAGGGCCGGGAAGGGGCAGAGUGGAAGUGAGGCACAGGUCUUCGGGUGGGUGGGAGGAAGAGGAAUUGGAGGAGGGCCAGGAGGAGAGAGAGGACCAGGCCCCACCGGAUGUCCCCCCGGCGUCUUGGGCGCAGAGGCUGGAGUGUCCAGGAUCCGGGGCCCAUCUCCCGCUUGGAGGCCAAGGCCCCCUCCAAAUGGAGCAUCCUGGCAUUCUGGUCCCCAGUGGCCCCCAAGUCAAUAGGUCGCCCGGACGGCCCAGGGAAACCCCAAGCAGGAACCCUCAGAGGAGACUCACCAAGUCUGGGUUCUGUACGAUCAUGUGACUCCACUCUGCUGGCCCGGAACGCGGCCUCUGUGCUUCCUCCGCAACACUCAAACGUUCCGGGUUUCUGGGACCAAGCCUCUUCCCGGGGGUUCAGCGCUGCAUGGACACGUGAUGUGCCACCAACGACAGAUGGGCUGUUGUGCGCAUUGAACAAGGGCUUGGCGGUCUCGGCACUGAGAUGUUCAGUUUGCUCUUCGCUGGAAGUUUGGGGCUCAGGGGGCUAAAGGAAAGAGGAACAUGGACAGUGAAUUUCCUUCUGGAUCCAAACCUCAUGAUUGCUAAGGCCCUUGCCAGUUCCAAAAGCUGUGACAUGUUGGCCAAGAGGCUUUGCAGUCACUGACGUCUCCAGACGUCUAUUUUCUCGAAUGGGAAACGGGGAUAUAGCCCAAGAGAGGACACCUCUGAACGCACUGCUAUACCGUCGGGGGUUUGGGAGGCAGCCCCGCAGGCCUGUGGGACAGCCGCGAUGAGCGGUCACACGGCGGUCACACAGGGCACAAACCACACGGUGCUUCCUCCUGCAGUCCUCACAGUGGAUGACCCCCUUUCCCAGAUGCGGAAAAGACAGCACCAGGGUUAAUGAGUUUGUCCUCUCAGGCUACACCACUAGGCAGUGGGGAAGCCGGGACUCAAACCCAGGCCAUCAACACCUUCUAGAACGCGGGGCAGUUCCGCGCCUCCACCCCCGCCCCGGUCAUGCUGGUGCUUACCAAGAGCUGACCGUGUCGGUACCGAGUGUGCUUACGCUGGCGUAUGUGUUAUUGCAAUUUGUCAUUUAAUUAAAUAUCGUGCAAACUGAUGAACCAAGUGUGAAAACAAGCACCGUUUCUAUGAAAACUAAGUCGAAUCCUUAGAAGUCUUGAUUAAGGUGACUCAAUUCAAAAACUACUAUUGAAUUAGAUGGGACCAAGACAAUUAUCACGUUUGGCUGCAAAAUAAUAAAAGUCUAGAUGAAUUUUGCUCUUA